UGCAAGAGAAUAUUAUGGCCUUCAAAGUGCAAGCUGAUCAACGCCUACUUAAUAGUGCUUAUGAUCCCACCAAGUACUGCAAAACUUGCAGCAGACAAGGACACUCAGAUGAUGGGUGUUUUAAAAUCAUUGGAUAUCCAGAAUGGUGGGGAGACAGACCAAAGAAUGGCAGAGGAGGAAGAACUGGAGGAAGAGGACGUGCUGGUAGAGGAGGUAGAGGACAAGGAGGGAAUCCUGUCCGUGCUCAUAACCUGCAAGUUUCGGCAGCAAAAGAUAGUGCUGGUACGUCAUCAGCUGAUGAAGCAUGUCUAGUAGGAGUAACAGCUGCACAAGUACAACAGGUGAUGGAGUUUUUAAACUCAAGAAAGUCGGGUUCUCAUCUACAAGGACCGGUCUACGAGGAGGAUGAUUGGAGUGGCUGAGAGACAAGGUGGACUAUAUAUUUUCCGUGGUGUGCCGCAUGUUGAAGUUAUGGCUGUGCGUGAAGAUACAUAUGAGUUGUGGCAUCAACGUAUGGGACACCCUUCAGAGAAAGUUUUGCAGAAGGUGCAAGGUGUGAGUAGAUUAAUCAAAAAGAAUAAUGAUGCUUGUGAUAUUUGUCCUCGGGCAAAGCAUCGU